AGCCUGGAGGCGACUGGAAAUCUCCACUGGCAGGCCGACGUGAACUCUAAUGCGAGACAGACCCCCCCCCCCCAAAAAAAAAAAAACCAGCUGCUUAUCAAUGCAUUUAACGAGACCGAAGUCCUCCAAAGGGCGAAGCAGACCCGCUGUAAACAACACAGACAGCGCCCGGAGGACCCCCGUGUCCCCAGGGUCUCCAGCACACAGCAGGCCGGACACAAGCCUCCGCUCCCGGUCGCAGCCCAGCAUGCGGCAGGCCGGCCGGCCGAGCCAGGAUGAAGCUCCGUGCGUGCUGCGGCACGCCCCUGCCGCUCCGCCACAGUCCUUGAACAAGUACAGGGUCCUGCCGUCCAUAGAGAGCAGGCGGUCUGAGGUGAGCCCCGGGAGAAGCCUGGGCAAAAGCGUGUCCAAGCUCACCUUGUCCGAGGGUAACGUCCUGCAGCAAAGGCGCAGGCACGAGGCGCCACAGACCAGCGGCUCCGGAGGGGACGGUGGGCCACUCAGGAUCCGGCCCAAGCCUCCAGACCCGGGACCGGUAACGGCCAAGGAGGCUGGUGCCGGUGGCGGCUUGCUCUUAGCCAUCCGUGCGCCGUGUGGCAGGAGGUUUCAGCAGCACUUUGAGCCCACAGACACUCUGCUGACGGUGAGAGCCAGUGCAGAGGCCAGGUAUGGAGCCGAGUAUGGAGAGGCCUCCGUCGAGACCAUGGACGUGCCGCGCAGGAGCUUCACGGACAUGGACAUGACUCUGGCCCAGUGUCGCAUCUUCAACAGAUCGGUGCUGUGCAUUUCUCAGAAUAAUGGCAGUGAGGUGGAACACGACUGAGCUCAAAUCAUUUUAAAAAUGUUGAUUUACGCUUGAAGUUCGGCUUCGUGGUGGCGUUUAAAGUCCCCCUCCGCUUAAAAAUGUCUUUUCGCUUAAGGUUAUUUGGAUGUUUGACCUCUGACCACGGUGCCGGGCCAUGUCCCUCCUGUGCGCUCACCUUAAAUCCUAAGUUUAAUGUUUAAAUCUGCUGAAAUACACAAGCAUGAUUUGUGGAGCCAGUCGUGGUCCAAUGGGCAGUUGGCGAAAGUGGGACUUGUGUCAAACUUAAAACCUCCAGCACACAUACACUAAGAGUGGCCUUUUCUCUUAAGCAGCAGAUCACACAAUCUUGUGUCCAGUAGCUUUUGAAACUAAAGAUAUCAGUGUGUUCAUAAAUUAUGGAUUUUUCAAUAAGACAGAGUCCUGAAAGAUUUCAUAUAUAUACAUAGAUUAUUAUUAUUAUUUUUUCAGGUUUUGUUCACAUAUGUUGUGCACUUGAUUUUCAUUUUUAAAAAUUGACCUUGUGGGACCUCAGGAGGUUCCAUUAGACGGGGCGUUUUAAGAAUUUUUUACUAGUUUAAUUGAACUUUUUUGUGGCCGUAUUGCACAAUAUUAUUGCUCAUUUUUCAAAGCGGCGUACUUUUAGGUCUUCAAACAUGUCUGGAGGGGAUUUGUGAGUACACACAAGCUUGUUUUUUGCAACUGUCAUUGACUAAAAUCAAUGUCAGUACAGUGAAUUCUGAUUGAUUCUGGUUUUGCUGUACUAUUGAAUACUCAAAGCAGUUUGACUAAAAUUGUGUCCUGUACGUCUGUACAUAGCCACAUUUGGCCUAUGAGGACAUUCAAAUGACAUGUUUGUUCGGCUUCUACACAAGCAGGAAUACACCAGAUUAAGGGCCCUGGAUCUGCUUUCAGGUUUUGAUUUUAGAGAGGAGAAUCUGGUAACGCUGUGUGACGGUUGCAGUCGUACUAGCAUUCAAUGCCAAAGGCUAAUCAGAGGUUGUUGAUAUAACAGGCCAGCUGACAAAUAGGACAAACACGGUUUCAUAAAUUUUAUUUGUUGCCAUUUUCCACAUCUUUUCUUGAUGUUCUUUUAUGCCAAAUAAAGUCUUUCAUUAGGACGCACAGGUUAUUAGAUUAAUAUGAGCAAUGUUCCCGCUUCACUUUCGUAUUACAACUACUUCCCUGCUUUCAAAGUGCGUAAACACGAAUACAUGAAGUUAUAUUUAACCUGGACUACGUUUUUUAAUUUUACAAACUUCUGCUGUGUGCGUUGAGUCAGGCUAAGAGGCAUCGUGCAUUACAAAAAAAGGAGUAAAAUGAUUGUUUGACAGGCACCCGAUGGGAAAAACAAUAGGAAUUUUUCACAAGACAUUUUGAAACGUAUGACAGAUGAAUUCCAGAACAAGGCCAUUGUUAAUAUUGGUAACAGCUGGUUUUUUUUGUUUGUUUUUUUUUCUUUCCAUGAUGAGUGGAAAUGACAAAAAGCCCCAGUUUCGAACGCCCCUCACUCUGAGCUGGUGCUCUUGUUUAUUUUCCACACUGAAUGGAGUCGGAAAAUUAUUUC